UAAAGAAAGAUGUGGACUUUUUUUUUAGGAUUGUGAGCAUGUGGGACUGGUAAAUUCUCAUUGGCUGGGUUCAUACGUAAUGCUAACCCACUGUGCGUCAUGUCCGGGAGCAUCCCAUGAGGGGUUGGCAUGUCAUGUGGGGAGCUUUUCCCUAUCCGUGAUCAGGAAGUUACCUACCCCAGGUACCUAUGCUCUGUAGUGGGGGUAAGGGCCCCCACAGUGGCGUACUGUGGAGUGUGGCAGGAGCUCCGUGGGUAAAUCCGGCCAUUCUGCAGAGAAAUACUGACGACCAUCUAGAGCAGCCAGAACCUCUGGUGACAACCUAGCCAGCGUGGGCAAUCUCUAUGAUAGAGAUCACUUAGCGAUGGCUGGAGUGGCCAGUGCAACCCGUUCCCACUGUGGUGGCUGCUGGAAUAUGUGGCUGCAGUGGCAGGAGGAUGACGAGGGAUCCAUGCAGCAGGGAUGAGUAAGAGAACCAUGCUGUCCUGUGUAGUUCCACAGUCUUGAGGGGGGCACACACAUUGUGAUUCUCUUACCUCUCCCUGCAGCAUAGAUCUGCUACUCUGUGAUCAUGUGAAUAGGGCCAUACUGUUCUGCCUUUUCUCUAUCUCUGCUAACUGCCCUUCUAGCCUGAGGCAGCAAUCCCAUACAAUCCCAUCAGGUCUGACUGCCAAGCUGUCAGGUGCACUUCUCUAGAGAGGGCCCCAUAAAAUAGAUGCCCUGUAAAACAGUGAAUGAAGAAGGAGUAGCCGUUUCAGAAUAAAUGCCUAGUGUGGACCCUUCCUUGUCUUCUCCAGUAUGGUUUUGUUGUGGGUUUCUAUAAUGUAUUCCUGAUUCAUUCCACCAAGGCUGACCUUUCUUCAUCAUUUCCCUUCUCUGUAAUAUAUCUUAAGGGAUCAGUGCUACAAAGUUGUGAUAACCCUGGCACCACUUCCUUGUCUGUGCCAACCAAAGCAAGGUCCCUCGCAUAUCUUCCUACCCUGCCAAGAUGUCCCCACCUCUAACAGAGUGGAAGAACAAGUGGUGAUUGACCUUCAUGCCUGUGUGCAUACAGUGGUGUAAUGUUCUUUUAUGAUAAAGUGUGUCCCAGGACAACUGAAUAGUAUUUAAGUAAUCAAGGUUUGGUGGUGAGUUAUUCCUUGUAUGGAGAGUGUGCUGCAGCUUGCUUCGAUGCCAUUCUAAGAUGGCGAAAUAAAGCCAUUUUGUUUCCUGUAUCAGAGCCUCGGGUGUUUUGGAUUCUUCUCCACAAGUCCCUUCGACAGCUACUAUGCCUGGCAUGCUCUCUUCAUUCAUGGGUCCCUUCUUCUUCCUCCUCCUCUGCCUAUUGGCUUCAAGGUCUGCCUCUGAAGAUGACACUGUGGUGGUGACUAGCAGUGGCCCUGUUAAAGGCAAGCAAGUCCCGGCUGGCUCUGGCUCUGUGACGGCCUAUCUGGGCAUCCCCUAUGCUGAGCCCCCUGUGGGGAAACUGCGUCUCCAGAAGCCCCGUCCACAUCAGCCAUGGAACCAUGUCUUGGAGGCCACCUCCUAUGGCAACUCUUGUCUCCAGGAAUAUAAUUUUAGCUACCCUGAUACUGCCAUAUGGGCUAGCAACAUACCACAUUCAGAGGACUGCCUCUUUCUCAACGUCUGGGUGCCCCAUCCACGACCCUCGAUGCCUGUUCCUGUCAUGGUUUGGAUCCAUGGUGGGGGGUUUAUCUCUGGUUCAGCCUCAUUAGAUGUCUACAAUGGAGCAUUCUUAGCUGCUACAGAGAAUGUCAUCGUGGCCUCCAUGAACUACCGCUUGGGGAUUCUGGGUUUUCUGUACUUUCCACCAGAUGCUCCAGGAAACGUUGGCUUGUGGGACCAAUGGCUGGCUCUGAAGUGGGUCAAGGAGAACGCAGCGGUCUUUGGCGGUGAUCCAGCUUUGUUGACUCUCUUUGGCAACAGUGCUGGAGGAGCCUCGGUGGGUUACCAUCUGCUGUCACCAGCAAGCCAACCCCUUUUUGCCCAUGCUGUGCUCCAGAGUGGAGCUCCCAAUGCCCACUAUGCUUGGAAGAAUCCUGAAGAUGCCAAGUCGGAUGCCCUAAUUAUAGGCACCAAGUUGGGGUGUACUGAACAAAAUCAGAGUUCUUUGGUGAGCUGCCUACAGGGGAACAAUAUUGGGGACAAGGCGUUGUACAGGCUGAGUACCCUCUUCUCAGUGACAACGGAUGGAGAGUUCCUCCUCGAUGAACCCUUGAAGCUUCUGCAGAGUGGAGCUGUUCAAUCUAAGCCUGUUCUCACUGGUGUCACCCAUGAUGAAGGAACUGUCUUUGUGUUAGCGUCAUUUCCUAAAACCAAAUCAGAUGAUGUCAUACUAACCUUGCAUGAUAUUAUCGUUGGGUUAAAUUCAACAGUUUGUGAAGACACUGUCAAGGCUAUAGCUGUUAGGUAUAGUGAGGGUGGACCUGCGCCGAAAUCAUACCGUCACAUCUUGGCUGAAUAUUUUAAAGAUGUUACAUUUGCUUGUCCAUGUACUCAAUUUGCUUCCAAGAUGGCCGAAGCUGGGAGUCCUGUGUAUGUUUAUUCCUUCAAGCUCUACACGCCUCGUGCUGAGUGGCCUAAGUGGAUGGGGACAACCCAUGGAGAUGAGCUGCCUUACCUGUUUGGAACCCUGGCAACCGUGCUGGGAACAAACCAAACAGACGUUGAUGUUGCACUGAGCCACAAAGUGAUGAGAUACUGGGCAGAGUUUGCCAGGAGUGGGAAUCCCACUGGAUCCCAACAGAAAGAGGAACAAUGGCCACUCUACAAUUCAACCAAGCAGAAAUUCUUCCACAUCAGUGCGGAGGCACCCCAGGUCAAACGGUUAUCACCCGCCCCAAAGUGUGAUUUCUUGAGGACAAUUACAUAUAAUACAAACUGCACAAAGGAAUCCCAAGAAGUGUCUAAAAGAUCGGAAGAAUGAGAGAAGGAUUUUAAGAAGUGGAAUGCAAUAUAUCUUACAUAAAACGUGAAGUCAUAAUUACAAUUAUAGAUAUUUUCUUCUUUUUUUCUUUUCUUUUUAUUAGCUACCUUCCCCUAGUAGUUGUAUUAAUCAACUUUUCUUCUUAUCUUUUUAUAUUAUACAUAUUUACAUAACUAAUGGUUUGAUAAUAAUUGUUAGGGGAUUGUUUGUAUUCAUUAUUUUUUGUUUAUUUACUUUUUUUGUAACAUUUUAAAUAAAAAUAAUAAUACAGUAAAGUCAUAAUCACAUUUAUAGAAUUGUAAUAUUCAUAAUAAUAAUAGUAGUAAUAAUAAAAAUCAUUACUGAU